CUCCCACACUAGCCAUAUUCUCCAAACCCCACAUAACCAUCUUCCCCAUCCCCUCCCCAAGAAAACCAUGCUUUCUAGAGCCUUGACCGUAACCAGAAAGAGCCCUAAGGAUGGCGACUACGUCCGUGACCUCGGCUGCAGCAAAUCGGGCUCCUUCAACGACUACGAGGACUGCAUCGUCGGCUUCAUGGAGGAUCUGCCACUCGUCCACUGCGACCACGACAAGAAGUGCGUGGGAUGUGUGGAGAGCCUGGCACACCUAACCCUAAGGGGUGUGCUUAGAGGCUCGGUGGGUGUGAUCGGAGAGAGCCGGUUGGCGAUGACGGAGAAGGUGGUGCUCUUGGGAGGGAGGGUGUGUGCGGUGAAGAGGUUUAGGCAGGUCAGGGUUGGGAGGCGCGAGUUUGGGAAGAGAAUACAGAGGUUGGCUGAGGUGAGUCGGAAGUGUGAGUUUCUGGUUCCUGUCACUGCUUACUUGUUUGCUAAGAGGAUCAAGUUUGUGCUCUCGGAUUAUCGCCCCAUGGGAAGCCUCGCUGACUUGCUUGCCGGUGCGAGGGAUCAUGGUCACACGGCACUGGUGUGGAACCAAAGGCUGACCAUAAUUUUCCAUAUUUCUAGAGCAAUAUCAUUUAUCCAUACACAACAUCCUCCAUACCAAAAGAACAUGAUGAUGCACAUCCACGGCAGCAUCAAGGCCUCAAACGUAUUAGUGAACAUCGACUUCUCAGCCUGCUUAUCCGAUUACGGGUUCACCCAAUUGGCGGAGCAAGUUGAGAUUCCGGAAACAUGGCAGGUGAUGAAGUCGCCCUUCUGGCUGGUGGAAGAGACCAAUUACUCUGACGAGUUGAACCAGAAGGCUGACAUUUACAACUUUGGGGUAAUACUGCUGGACGUUUUAGCAGGUUCCAGGGGCUUGAGUCUGAUGAAAAAGGGGGCAAAGGAGAAGAAGGAAGCCAUGAAAUUUGAUGGGUUGGACUUGGUUGAGUUUGGUACGAAGGAUGCGAAAGAAAGGAGGCAAGUAUCAAAGGUCUUCGACAUUGCCGUGGCAUGUACGAAUGCCAAACGGGAGACUAGGCCUACAAUAGAUGAGAUUUAUAAUGAUAUCGUGGGGAUAAUGUAAUUAAGUUUAUAUGGGUAAAGGGUUAGGUUUGGCGUAUUAAGGGUUUAUAUAUAAUGUGCGCUCGUACAAGAGAUAUAUGGGUUUGUUUAAAAAAGUACCGAAAGAAAAAAAGCCUGGGAGGCUUUGUGGGAGUUUUCUAGAGGAACAAAUUCAAGCGUUUGAAUUUGUACUUGCCGGUUCAGCUUGGACUCUUGGAGUGUCGAUUGAUUUACCAUGUCAAUUGGCAGACACUUAUGUAUCUUUUGUUUUAAUCAAUGACAUUAUUAUCGUUACUCAAUAA